AGACGUUCAUUUUCUCCAAACGGGCAACGUUUGGCAGCUCAGCGCUCAGUCCUCAGCUCCGUUCUCAUGCCAGCUCCAGCUCAAAAGGAGCUUUUCGGUGGUGCGAUUGUCGCAGAUUUACCCCCGCGAGUGAUUGAUGUCUCAAACUUGCGUCAGGUUCCUGAUAAUCAAGAGGUUUUUGUUUACGCUGAAAAUAGCGUGAGCUUUGUGAUAGAGAUAUUGGAAGCAGUGGCUGCUCCAGACGAUCACGGAGCUGCAAGAUUUCACUUUGACUCCUUGGCACACGACAAUGAUGCCGAGGGAUGCACUGUCCUUGACAUACAAGACGUGAUAAACGAUAGAGGCGAUGAUACUCCAUCCCCAAUCGUUUUGCAAGGGACUCAGCAGAUCCGGAAAUACAAUCGGCCGGUGCUUGACCAAGUAGAGAUAAUGCUGUCUCUUUUCCGAGUGAAGAGGAAAGAUAUCGACAUUGUCGUAACAGUCAACAUUCCUGUGUUAGCAGCAGAUGGGGGCGCGAUCUCCAGGGAGCGUGUGGCAGGAAUCAAGACAGAUUUCGAUAAACUAGUCCGCUCUCUACAGAUAAUCGACUACAGUCUCUUUGCAUAGCUACCAGUCUAGGCACUCGUACCAAGGCAAAUAAGCUCUCUCGCAAUCUACAUGCCCGCUAGCUCGCCCCAAUUUACACCGCCUAGCAUUUCCAUUACUUUGCCAUUCAGUCGUGAACAACUUUUUGCG